AUGAAGCGUCCUAUGAAGCUCACAACCGCCCUCCCGCGGGAAUUGCGCGCGGAACUCGGGAUAAGAGAUACAUACGGGGAGAAAAAGAACAGGCGCAAUGGACCUGCGUCACGAAAGGAGCGGCGGAGAGAGGAGAGGAGUGCAGGGAGAAAGCCGCAGGUGCAGCAGAGGCCAGCUUGGGAGAAAAAUGCGAUGCGGUAUGAGGAGGAAGAUGAUGAGGACGAGGACGAAAAUAUGUUGGACGAAGGCGAUGAAUCCGACGAAACGCCGCCUGCGAAAUCGAAGUCGAAAGCCACAAAGCCCGAGCAGAAGCAGCCCAAGUCGAUUUUAAAAAAGAACAAGCCGGUCGAACAAUCUGACGGGAGCGACGACGAUGAAGAUAAUAUCAACCUGGACGAGGACGAGGAUGAAGACGAGCCUGCACCCCGCAAAGUCUCCAAAGCCGUUCAGGACCAGUUAGACGAGGACGAUGCCGAAAUCGCUGCGUUGGAGAAGAGACUUGGGUUGAAGAAGGGGAAGAAACUUCCGCAGUCUUUCCAGGAUGACGGGUUGGAUGAUUUGCUGGGUGAUUUGGGUGAUGGGUCGGAGGAUGAAGGCAAGAAGCGGAAACGGGAAGCUGAUGAGUGGCUGCAAAGUAAGAGGAGGAAGGCUCAGGGUUUGCAGCAAGCUGAGCCGGAGGGAGAUGAUGACGAAGAUGAUAGUGAUCUUGCGAGCGAUGAGGAGGCUGAUUUGCUGGACGAUGACGACGAUGGGGAAAUGGACGAUGAUGCGGCGGAGGGCGAAGAUAGCGAGUUCGACGGGUUCGACGAGGAAGAAGAGAAGCCGGCUCCGAAGAAAAAAGAAAAUCCAUAUGUCGCCCCCGUCCCUCAAGAGAGUCAACCAGCGAAAUACAUUCCCCCUUCGCUUCGUGCUGCGUCCAAUUCCGAGGAUGAAUCUCUUAUACGUUUACGGCGACAGGCCCAAGGACAGCUGAACAAGCUGUCUGAAGCGAAUCUGAUCUCUAUCCUGGCUGAGUUUGAGAAGCUCUACCGCGAGUAUCCCAGACAGAACGUCACUUCGACAAUCAUUUCGCUAUUAAUGGGUCUCAUUUGCGAGAGAUCGGCACUGCAGGAUACAUUUAUGAUUCUGCAUGCCGGUUUCAUCGCUGCCCUGUACAAGGUCAUGGGUAUGGAUUUUGGCGCCGAGUUGGUCCAGAAGAUCGUACAGACUCUUGACUCACAAGGCGACGAGCGAGGCAAGUUCGAAGGAAAGGAACACCUGAACUUGAUUUCGCUCAUCUCGCAACUGUACAACUUCCAUGUCAUCGGACAUGCUUUGGUCUUUGACUACAUUCGCAUCUAUGUGCAGGAUAUCACGGAGGACAACACAGAACUUCUCCUCAAGAUCAUCAGAAACUCCGGCCCCCAACUUCGACAAGACGACCCCUCCUCCUUAAAAGACAUCGUCCUUCUAAUCCAACCCGCCAUCGCCAAAGCCGGCGAACAAUCUCUCUCCGUCCGCACAAAAUUCAUGAUAGACACGAUCACCGACCUCAAAAACAACAAAGUAAAAACUGUCGGUUCAAGCAUCUCCACCGAACACAUCACGAAAAUGCGCAAAAUCCUAGGCUCCCUAAACAACACCCGCGUCAUCCGUGCCUCAGAACCAAUCAACAUCUCCCGCGAGGACAUCCACAACUCCGCGAAGAAGGGUAAAUGGUGGCUCGUCGGUGCAAGCUGGCGCGAAGAUCCCCUCGAAACAGCACGCAAGGAACUUUCCUCCCUUCCAGGCGCCCAAACCACCCAAACACAAGUACAAGAGGACGAAGACGAAAGCGAAGCCGAACCCGACCUCGCCAGUAUCGCCAAAUCGCACCGCAUGAACACGGACGUCCGCCGGUCAAUCUUCGUCGCUAUCAUGUCCGCAACAGACUUCCAAGACGCGCACGUGCGCCUCUUAAAACUCCGCCUCAAGCGCGCGCAGGAAUACGAAAUCCCCCGCGUCCUAACACACUGCAUCAUGGAGGAAGACGCCUACAACCCCUACUACACGCUAAUCGCACGGCGCGUAUGCGGGGAUCUCGGUCGCAGGCUGAAAAUCUCAUUCAUGUACACACUGUGGAACAUCCUGCGACGAAUGGGCGAAAAAGGCGACUUCGACGAUGAGGAUGGCAUGUCUGAUGAUGAGGGAGACGAGAGCACUCAACUCCCGCUGAAAUCAAUCGUCAACAUCGCAAAGAUGUACGGCAGCCUUAUCGCCGAUAACACAUUAACCCUGAGUAUCCUCAAGACCCUCAACUUCGCAUACCUUCAAUCGAAAGCAAAGACCUUCGUCGAGCUCCUCAUCAUUUCCAUAAUCCAACAAUCCCAGAAAUCCAAAAGGAACAAGAACACCGAAUCCAAGUCUAAGAAAGAAGACGACGAAGGACGCGACGAAAAAGCACUGAUGGACAUAUUCAUGCGCGUCCAGGAUACGCCGCAGAUUGUCAAGGGGCUUAUUUACUUCAUCCGCAAGGUUGUUGCGAAGACGGAUAUCGUGCCGGAGAAGGAGUUGAAGGUAGUCAAGUGGGGGUGUAGGGUUGCGUUGGAUGCAUUGAAGGUUAUUUCGAGUAAGGAUGGGGUUGUUGGCUAA